AUGAUCUUUAAAUCUAAUUACCCAGAUAUAAAAAUUCCCCAAAUUGGAAUUUAUGAAUAUGUAGUUAGUAAUCCAAACAAAAUUCCAGAAGAUAAGGUUAUUUAUGUCGACGGAAUUACUGGUGAAAGUGUAACUUUUGGCGAAUUCAAACAUAAAUCGAAAAGGUUUGCUGCAGGAUUGCAAGACAAGUUAGAAUUUAAACGUGGGGAUGUUUUGGCAAUAUUUUCACCUAAUCAGGUUGAUUAUCCUGUUGUACUUUUGGGAACAAUUGCAGCUGGAGGCAAAGUAACGACAGUCAGCCCGAAUUAUAAAGCAACAGAUUUAUCCUAUCAAUUAAUCGAUUCUGGUGCAUCUGUUCUAAUUGUAUAUCCAGAAAUUCUUGAAAUCGCUAUUGAAGCUUUAAUUGAUGUAAAAAUUCCUGCCUUCAGGGUAUUAUUGUUUGGCGAUAAAGAAAUAAAAGGAUAUAAACCUUAUCGUUCUAUUUUAAUUUGUGAUCGUGAAAUUGAUCCAAUUUAUUAUACUCCCGAAGAAUCCAAAUCGACAACUGCUUAUUUGAUUUACAGUUCUGGAACAACCGGAAAGCAGAAAGGUAUCGAACGCACUCAUACAAACGUAGUUGUUCAUUUGGCUCAAGCAAUUAUUGCAGAUUGUAAUCUUGGACCACACAGUAUAAUUAUGUGUGUCACGCAAUUUUACCAAGGCUAUGCGUUGUUUAAUAUUAUUCACUGCGCAUUAAUUCAUGGUGCAACCGCAAUUAUUCAUUCGAGUUUCAGUAUUGAAACGUUUUGUGAAUCAAUUCAAAAAUACAAAAUAAAUCACAUUUAUGCCGUGCCACCAACUAUUCUUAAACUCGUCAAUGAUCCAUUGGUUCAACAAUUUGAUUUAUCAAGCGUGAAUGUGGUUAUAAGCGCGGCAGCUUCAUUAAGUGAUAAAUUGGAAAGAAAAUUUUAUGAAAUGUUUAAAAUACCAAUUUGGCAAACUUAUGGUCUUACUGAAACGUCUUCAGUACUACGUCAUUCUCCCAAUACAUCGAAGAAUUCAGUCCCGGGUUCCAUUGGAUUUCUUCUUCCAAAUAUGAAAGCCAAAAUUUUAUCGGAAGAUGGUCGCGAAUUGGGAUAUAAUGAAUCUGGAGAAUUAUGGGUCCAUGGUCCAAAUGUUAUGAAGGGAUAUCUUAAUAAUAAAGAAGAUACAGAUGCUGUAUUUGACAAAGAUGGAUUUUUUAACACGGGAGAUAUAGUAUCUGUUGAUGAACAAGGGAACUAUUUUAUUGUUGAUAGAAAAAAAGAGUUGAUUAACUACAAGGGUUUUCAAGUGUCCCCUUCUGAACUGGAAUCAAUUCUUCUUACGCAUGAUGCAGUAUCGGAUGCAGCUGUAAUAGGAUAUUAUUCUGAAGAAGAAGCAUCCGAAAUUCCUAUUGCAUAUAUCACAAUUAAAAACGAGUAUGAGCAAUCUCAAACUUUAGCAGCGAAAAUCAAAUCUUUUGUCGGUGAAAAGGUUGUGCCGCAAAAAAAACUAAGAGGUGGUAUAUUUUUUAUCGAUAAAAUUCCAAAAAAUACAUCUGGUAAAAUUUUAAGGAGAGUAUUAAAAGAGAAAUUAAAAAAUGAAAUCACUUGUAACAGGAUUGAUUGA